AUGUGCCGUUUACACGCCACGUCUCCCGCUCGGCUAAGCCUCUCGGCGGCCGGCUCGUCCAAUGGCACGACCCCCAGUUUUGUGCACUUGACACCGGAAAAUUCGCGGCGCUGGCGGGCGCUCGCCGCGUGGUUUGCCAUCACAGCGUACGGUCGUGACGGCCACGCCGACAUUGUCGUGCGUAAUAUUGAUGGGGCGCGCGCCCUUGGCGCGCGUAUCGAGGCCGAGCUCGGGCACGUGCUUCGACUCUUGGCGCCGGUCCGCCUCAAUAUCGUCUUGUUUACCUUUGCCAACGAUGCGGUCGCGAACGAAGCGAGUAUGCUCGACCUCCUACAGCGCCUUCGCGACACGGGCGACGCGUUCAUGACACCAACGUGCUACGACGGCACGUGGGCGAUGCGCGCGGCGUUCAGCAAUUGGCAAACGACCACCGACGACGUCGACCGCGUCUUUGCCGCGCUCCGUCGCGUCGUCGUUUAA